AUGGGGAACGCGGAACAGAAGGGGCAUGUGACAGUAACGGAAGAAGGGGAGCAUGUGAUUAUAACGGAGGCGGCAGAGCGCGACGGGAUCUGGGCCGUCGACGGCGAAGGAAGUGGGGUAGGGGACGUGGGUGUACAGGUGGAUGCUUACGUGGACGCUGACGUGGACGAGAAUGACGUGGACGCGUUCAGCGAGGACAUGCAUCUGCUGUGGGUUAUUUUGGCGAUCGACGACGCAGCGCAAAGGGCGGCGCGAAUGGCGGAGCUAGGUUACGAGGUUUAUAUCGAGGAUGGACUAGAAGGUUACAGGAAGGCGGCAGUUGAAGAUCCGACAAACAGCGCGUUUCCCGCCCCUCCGCCGGGAAACGCGCUAGAAGGGCGGCUCGCGGAAGAAGCGGCGGAGAGACGACAGCUGGAACAGCGACUCGCGUCGGCUCAAAAAGCUGUCGGCGCGCUGCUGACGUGUCUAAAGCGUGUCCAGCACAUGCUCGAGGCGCCAAGGGAUGGGCGGACGAGAGCAGAGGGGGAGCGGGACGGGGAGGGGGAGGGAGGCGCGCAUGGGGGGAAGGGGGGCGGAGGGGAUAUUAAGUUGGAGUGGGCGAUGGUGGAGUGUGUGUCAACAAUGGCGGCUAUAGAGGCACGAGUCGCACAGCAGAGGCAGGCACUCCAAAGGCAUGCGCAGCAAGGGCAGGCGCAGCAAGGGCAGGCGCAGCAAGGGCAGGCACUCCAAAGGCAGGCGCAGCAAGGGCAGGCGCAGCCCAGGCAGGCACAGGGAGAGGGGAGGGCGGAGGGAGAUGCGGAAGGCGACGGGGUCGGUGGGGUAGAGGAGGCGAGAGAGGUGGGUGGAUUGGGGGAACCAGGAGGGGCACGGAGAAUGGGAGGGGAGGGAGUGGAGGGAGGUGUGAUGAGCGAAAGUGAACUGAUGAGAGAGGUGGGUGAGGUGAGGCGGGAGAACGAGGCACUGAAGCAGCUGCUGCUGCUUUCAUUUCAAGGGCAAGGGGCGGCUGAUCUGCCCCAGCUGCUACCCCAGCUACUAGCCCAGUCCCACAUGCCCGUGAAUUCAACAGGAAAAGCAGCAGAAACAUCACUUGCAGCAACCAUGAGUGUAGAUACAACCACAGAUGCCAGCACUGCAGCUAUGAGCAGCACAGAUGCCAGUACAGGCACUGAUAUCACUGCCACUCCCUCAUCUGAUCCCACUGUGACUCCCACACCCUCCUCCGAUUCCAUUCCCGUCCCCACCACCCGUGCUCCACCACACGCCCGCACCUCCUCCCGCCCGCACCCGCACUUCCCCUCGCUUAUCCCCCACCUGCAGCUGCGCUCCCUCUCCUUCUCCCGCCACACUACCAAGCACGACUCCAUCCACCAUGCCACCCGCCACGCCUCCCCCCACGCCUCUCACCAGCCGGCAAUGCACCGGUCGCUGUCCACCAGGCCCCUGGGGAAAUGGCUUCGAUGGGCCGAUGGCGAUGGGGGGAAACGGAUGGAUGACGGGGGGAAGCCGGCGGAUGACCGUUUGAAAUCGGCUGAUGGUGAUGGGGGAAAAGGGGCAGACGAGGGAUCGGGCGAGGGCGAUAGAGCUGGUAUAGCUGCUGCAGAGAGAAGGCUUGAUGCUGGGGAGAGUGCAGACGGGAGCACAGAAUCAGCUCAUGCUGCUGCUGCUGCUGCUGCUGCUGCUGCUGACGGCGAUAAGUCUAAUCAAGAGUCAUCUCAGGAGGAGGAGCAGGCGAGUGGUACAGCAGGCAGUGCUGCUGAUCCCCCUGGGGAAUCUAGCAACCAGGUGACUUGUGAGUCAACUCAGAACGAGCAAACCCAGCAGGAAGGGUCACAGGCGUCACUCUCGGAGGCCCAGGUUAUCCAAAAAGCAGGCGGCAAGCAGGAGGAGAUUAUAGGGAUGUCUCAAGAGCCAUCGCUUUUACAUACCCAGCAGGAAGCGUCACAAGCGGCACUACCAGAGGCCCAGGUUAUCCAAGAGGCAGGCAGGAGACAGGAGGAGAUUUUUGAGACGUCUCAAGAGCCAUCGCUUCUACGAACCCAGCAGAAAGCGUCACUACCAGAGGCCAAGGUUAUCCAAGAGGCAGGCAGCAAGCAGGACGGGGAGGCGAGUCAUGCGGCAGGGCAGUCAGCCCUUGUUCCACCAGAAGGGGAGGGGGAGGGGGAAGGGGAGGGGCAAGGGGAGGGGGAGGGGCAAGGGGAGGGGCAAGGGGAGGGGGAGGGGCAAGGGGAGGGGCAAGGGGAGGGGGAGGGGGAAGGGGAGAGGACGCAGAUGGAGAAAACCAGGCAGAUGGAUGAUACGGAGCAGAGGGACGAAGCGGUGAAGAAGGAUGGAGAGGAGGUACAAAGGGAUGGAGAGAGUGGAGCAGGAGUGACGAUGGCGAAUGGGGAAGCAAGGGAUAGUGCAGGGGAACGCGAGCCUGCAGAGAUCAGUCACUCCAGCAGCCCAUCCCAGCAAGAUGACACUCAUUCCUCACAUGUUGGUGCUGACACCAAGACCAACCGCUCGUCCCAUCCCCAUUCCUCGCACCCACACUUGCCACGUCUGCCCAUCAGCUGCUUUUCUGGCGAGGGCGGUGCUGACUCAGCAGGCCGUCUCAGCUGCUUUGCUGGCGAGACCGGCGCUGACUCAGCAGGUAUCGUCAGCUGCUUUGGACGCAGCAGGAGCAUCAGCAGCAGCAGAGACCAGCACAUGCAAGAACCAAAACCAGGAGGGUCGUUGAGGGAGGGUCCUUCUGAGUCGUGUGCUCCUUGCAUGUGCCUCAUACAUACACACCUUGUGCUUCCCUGUGCCCCUUUUGUCCCCGCCUCCCCCGUUGACCUGCCUCCACAACUCAACCAUGUGUCUCCCAUCUCCUCCCUCCUCUUCCCUCGCCAUCCCCCCGAUGUCCGCCCUUCCUUUGCCCUCCUCACCCACAGCAAGCGAGUGUACUCGCGCCGACUGUUAGCAUGA